GUUGUUAGGAGGAGUGGGCUUACUACUAAUAUGAGGUUUUGGGUUAGGGUAGUAGUUAUGUGAAUUUUGAUCAACUGCUUAGGGGUUAGUAUGUCUUUUACUUUCUUGCCUAACAGAUUGUUGCUGUACAUCAAAGAUGCUAUUUUAUCAUCAUGUAAUGUUUCGGUUGUCCUCUGAAACGUGGAGUGUUUUUAAAAUGAACAUCUGAAAUCCAGUAUAGAUAAAGGAUUCUUUGCUGCCUUCCAACAUGUGAGGCUUCUAAAGGCGAGCGAAAUGUGAGUGAAAUUGUAUGUGACCCAGUCAGAUGAAAGCUGCCAAAAGGUGCCCUAAAACUCUACUUUAGACAGUUGCAGAUUGGGUAAACUGUACUUGUAUUUUUCAGGAAUUUAGGAACAGAAUGGAACAGAGUGCUUCUGGUGUGUUCUGCAGCCGCAUGCUGGGCAUGGUGAAAUCUGAGGAUGUGAAUGCUAUCAUCCAGGCACAGAAACACAUGCUGGACAGAUUUGAAAAAACAAAUGAGAUGUUGCUAAACUUUAAUAAUCUGUCUAAUGUGCGCCUACAACAGAUGAAUGAGCGAUUUGUGCAUCAUACAAGGACACUGGUUGAAAUGAAGAAAGACUUGGACAGCAUCUUCAGAAGAAUUCGGACUUUGAAGGGGAAAUUGGCAAAACAAUAUCCAGAUGCAUUCAGCAAUGUUCACGAGUCCCCAAUUUUGGAAGAUGAAGAUGAUGAUGAUGAAUUUGAUCAUAUUCAUCAAAGUAUAGCAACCACCAUUGCUACCUCUGAGUUGAGCACAGAGUCCUGUGACACAAGCCCGGAUAUAAUCUCUCCAACAACAAGUCAGGAACUGGAGGAGUUAUCACAAGGACAUGCAGAAAUUCUAACUUUAAAUGGACAGAGUGAAUCUUACCAUAAGUCAUCAGAUGAGCCUUUUGAUGUAGACUAAAAAAAGAAAAACAUUUUUUGGAGUUUGGAAAAUGCUACAGAAUAUGCAUUUCCAUUUUUCAUCUUUUUUUGUGCUUCCCUUUUAGCUACUACACUCAUACUGCCAGAAGUUGCUUGUACUACUGGAAGGCAGCUUUGAUUCAUCAGUUCACUGCCUUUGGCUUCUUUGUCAAUUCUGCAGCACAUGUAACAUAAGUGCAGGAAAUUGCCUUGUGAUUUUUAUCUUUUGUUGCAGAAUACACUACUGUCCUAAACUUUGUGUACUUCUGCUGUUUUUCUAUAUUCACCAUCCUUCUUAACAAAUAAAUGUGAUACAACAUGGA